AUGUCUUUGAACCCAGAUGAUCUCAAAAAGAACGCCCUCAUCACAGAGCGUUCUAUUCACUCUAGCGGCUCCAGCAGCGCUACUCUAUCCCCAACAUUAACGGCUCAAGAUGAGAAAUACCUUUCAUCUUCUUCGACCAAUGUCUCCUCUGCAAACUCCAUCAACCUUGAGAAGCAAGAUGCGCCUCCACCGCCAUACCAUGUAUUCACUCGUUCUCGCAAGCUGCAGAUGGUCUGCAUCGUCUCGCUCGCUGCUAUCUUUUCUCCGCUCUCAUCUAACAUCUACUUUCCCGCUCUUGGAACCAUAUCAAAGGACCUUGACGUCUCCAUGUCUAUGACUACUUUGACUGUAACCGUAUACAUGAUCGUCCAAGGUCUCGCGCCCAGCUUCUGGGGCUCCUUCUCCGAUGCCGUGGGUCGUCGCGGAAUCUUCAUCGGAACCUUUGUCGUCUAUUUAAUUGCAAACAUCGCAUUGGCCGUAUCCACAAACUACGGCGAGCUGAUGGCUUUCCGCGCCCUACAAGCCGCCGGCAGCGCCGCGACCAUCUCCAUCGGCGCAGGCGUAAUCGGCGACAUCACCACCUCCGCCGAGCGAGGAAGCCUGGUAGGAAUUUUCGGAGGAGUCCGAAUGCUCGGCCAAGGCGUCGGGCCCGUCUUCGGCGGAAUCCUCUCCCAAUACCUGGGCUACAAGUCCAUCUUCUGGUUCCUCACCAUCCUAGCCGCAAUCAGCAUCUUCUCCAUAAUGGCCUUCCUCCCCGAAACCCUGCGCUCAAUCGCAGGCAACGGCACCGUCCCUCUAACCGGCCUCCACAAGCCCUUCAUCUACUACGUAACAGGCCAGCCCGACAUGGACCCCUACGCCACGCCCACAGCCGAGAAGAAAAAAGUAACCUGGAAGACGGUCCUCGCGCCGCUGGCCUUCCUCGCCGAAAAAGACGUCUUCAUCACGCUGUUCUUCGGCGCAAUCGUCUACACCGUCUGGUCCAUGGUGACUUCGUCCACGUCCCAGCUGUUCGAGGACACCUACGGCCUGAACAGCAUGGAGGUCGGCCUGACUUUCCUGGGCAACGGGUUUGGCUGCAUGUCCGGCUCUUACACGAUAGGCUACCUGAUGGACUAUAACCACAAGCGCACGGAGCGCGAGUACUGCCAGACACACAAUCUGCCGCUGGAUACGCGCGUCACGACGAAGAGCCACCCCGACUUCCCGAUUGAGUAUGCGCGCAUGCGCAAUACGUGGUGGAUCACUGCGGCGUUUGUGGUGUGCACGGCUGUUUAUGGCGUGGCGCUGAGGACGCAUAUUGCUGUGCCGAUUAUUUUGCAGUAUGUUAUUGCGUACUGCGCCACUGCUAUCUUUACCAUCAACAGUGCCUUGAUUAUUGAUCUCUACCCUGGAGCGAGUGCGAGUGCUACCGCCGUUAAUAAUCUGAUGCGCUGCUUGAUUGGGGCCGGUGGUGUGGCGUUGGUUACGCCUAUGAUUGAUGCCAUUGGCUCAUUGUUUACGUUUGUUUUGCUGGCUGGUAUUACAUUGGCUAUGGUCCCGCUCUUGAUGAUUGAAAUGAGAUGGGGUGCUGGGUGGCGCAUGCAGCGCAAUGAGCGUCUCAAGGCGAAGGCUGAUGAGUCGAUUCAGGAGGCUUGA